UGUUCAUAUAUAUUAGAGGGGUUUUAUAUUGUUCUCUGCUCAUUCCUUAAGCUUUGUUGCUGCUCAUUCUAUUCUAUUAUAUUGAUUUUGUAUUUGUAUUUAACCAUCUUCCAUAGAUCAUUACAUGUCCUUUAUUUUCUUUCCACAGAUGGUUGUUAUAAAUACUCAUAUUAUGAUGAUGAUGCUGAACUUAGCAACGCUUUUGGGGAUCUAAGCUUUUUAUCUGCAACUGCUUCUAGUUUUUUUUUUUUCUUUUGUCAAUUUGAAUACCUUUAAUUGUAAAAAAAAUGUCUUACAUGGAUGAUUUUACACACCUUGAAAUCCAACUUGAAGAUAUAAGGGCAGCUACCAACAAUUUUAGUGACAAGCCUAUCGGAAACGGUGGGUUUGGAGCUGUGUACAAAGGAGAACUAAUCCUCCCGAUAGGACAGAAAAUGGUCGCCUUUAAGCGAUUAAACCGUAAAUAUGGACAAGGGGAUGUUGAGUUUUGGAAGGAGAUCACAAUGCUUUCAGAAUUGAGUCAUGAAAAUUUGGCAUCCCUUUUACAUUUCUGCAGGGAGGGUGAUGAGAGAAUCCUUGUAUACGAGUAUGCAUCUCGUCGGAGCCUAGAUGGCUAUCUUGAUAAAGCUAGCCUCACAUGGACCCAACGUCUUAACAUUUGUAUUGGGGCUGCAAGAGGAAUUGCCUACCUUCAUGAUCCAAGGAAGACACAACAAAGGGUUCUUCAUCGUGACAUCAAAAGCUCGAAUAUCCUUCUCGAUGAUAAUUGGACUGCUAAAGUUUCAGAUUUUGGCUUAUCAAAAAUUGGUCCUGCUAACCAACCACGUACAUAUCUAGUGUCUAAUAUCGUAGGUACACCUGGAUAUUGUGAUCCAGCCUAUUAUGAGACAGGUAUUCUUUCAAAAGAGUGUGACGUAUACUCUUUUGGAGUGGUGUUGUUUGAAGUAAUGUGCGGAAGAUUAUGUUGUGAAUUUGAUAACAAUAAGCUCGUAAGCAUUUUAGUGCAUACAUGGAAAAAUCGUUGUGAUGAAGAUAGACUAGAUGAUAUUAUUUUCCCUGAUCUAAAGCAACAAAUAAAUCAGGAAUCUUUGUCGACGUUUGCAGCCAUCGCAAAACGGUGUUUAAUUAGAGACCAUAAAAAAAGACCUAAGAUGGUUGAAGUCGUCGAAGAACUUGAGGUCGCACUUCAUCAACAACGAAACUCUAAGCAAAACAAUGUAAGUGUGGCCAAGACGCCAACCUCAUAUAGAUACAUGAAAAAAUUUGAUCACCUCAAAAUUCGAUUGACAGAUAUACUCCUGGCCACCAACAACUUCUCUGUUGACAAUCUAUGUGGACGUGGUGGAUCUGGACAUGUAUACAAAGGAGAAUUCUCUCUCCCAGGUGGAAAAUGUAUGGUCUGUUUUAAGCGGUUAGAUCGUAGACUUGGGGGAGGGAGUGUUGAGUUUUGGAAGGAGAUCUCGUUGCUUUCUAAAUACAAACAUGAGAAUUUGAUCUCUCUUUUGAACUUUUGUAAUGAAGAUGAUGAGAUGAUCCUUGUGUAUAAUUAUGCAUAUCAUGGGAGCCUCGAUAAAUAUCUUAUCGACCCUGGUCUCACGUGGACCCAACGCUUGAAGAUAUGUGUUGGGGUUGCUCAUGCAAUGAACUACCUUCACGAUCCUCAGGAUAAAAAACAAAGUGUUUUACACGGAGACAUUAAAAGUUCGAACAUACUUGUGGGUGAAGAUUGGACGGCUAAAGUUUCUGAUUUCAGUCGAUCAAAAUUCAUCCCAAUUAACCAACGCAGAAUACAUCAUGUUCCGAAUAGAAUGGGUCCAUCUGGAUAUUGUUAUCCGUUGUAUCGAGAGACGGGUAUCCUAACAAAUGAGGCUGAUGUGUACUCUUUUGGAGUGGUGUUGUUUGAAUUAAUGUGUGGGACAUUAUACACCGAUUAUCAUAAAGGUCGUCUAACCUUCUUGGUGCCUAAAUGGAUAAGAUGCUAUAAUGAGAAGAGAUUAGAUCAGAUUAUCUUUCCUGAUCUUAAGGAACAAAUGGAUCCGUGCUCUUUAAAUACGUUUUCAGCCCUGGCUUAUCGUUGUCUCAAGAAAGUUAGUGAAAAACGCCCAACGAUGGCAGAGAUCAUGAGAGAACUUAAAAUUGCACUUGAACAACAAGAGGAUUUUGAAGAAACGCAGAGGAUUAAAAAACUUAUGAUAUCUACAAUAUCAAACACAUCCCCAAAUCAAAAUUUCAUGCGCUUUCCGGAAGGAGUUCUUGUUGGAGAUGGCAAUACGUGGCUUUCAAAAUUUAAGAAUGGAAAAGUUUGUGAAGUAAUAUCUGCAACAAAAUGCAUCUAUGCGGACUCACUUGUACGAGACAACACGCAAAAUUCAAGGUUCAUAAACGUCAUAAAGGGUGGAAUGCACGAUGGUUUCACAGUAAAAGCGACGACUGGAUUCUUGUCUCCAAAGGUUACGUACACAGUAAAUCUCAUCUUCAAACAUAACGGUACGGAUCAUGGGACACAUAUUCCCUUUAAAUUCAAACUGGAUGAGGAGAGAUACUACUCUGAUUUGUGCAUGCCACAUGUGAGAGAUGAUGGAUGGCUAAUGAUAGAACUAUACCAAUUUACUAGCUACAAAAGAGAACAUCAUCUUGGGGUUCACUUCUUACCACUCUUCAAUAUUGCUUCCUCAGGCAUUGAGUAUUUUAUUGAAGGCAUUGAAUUUCGUCCUGUCCAGUAUGUAACUUGAAUUUCUAUACAUUAUUUUUACUUAUUUUAGUAUCAGGUCUCAUUAAAUAUGUAUGUUUGUGGGUAUAUGAAAGCUUUGCUACUCGCUGAAAGUCUGGGAAUCA